CUCCCGUCUGUCCAUCAUGACUGGUGACCGCCUCGCUCUCACUCCCAUGUCUUCCAGGACUACCGCCUCGUCCUCUAGUGAUGGAGACUCUGCGCAACCUUGGGAAGCACAGGCUCCGCAACCUGGGCACGCACUCGAGGAGCCCAGAGAGCAGGACGAGCGGCCCACAAAGCAGGACGAGGAGCCCAGAAAGCAGGUGACUUUUGCCAGUGGCACGCAGUUUGAGUCCCCAACCGCGACCGCGCGCAAAUCCAACAAGUGGGAUCCCAGUCGUUCCCGCCGUCACCUUGUAUACGCCAUCAAGCUCACCGAGGAGGGAUUCCGCGGCUGGAGCGCCGCUCAUCUAUCCCCUCCUCCCGCCGACCUGGAAGGAGAAGCCCUGGAAGGGCAGGGAAGGCCUCUAGAAGAGCAGGGAAUCCCUCCAGAAGAGCAGUGGAAGGCCUUGAAGGGCGUCAUGUCUUGCCUUAUCCCCUGGGAUUGUAGCGAGGACUUCGAUCUGCCGGUCGUCAAGGAGUCGUAUGUCACGCUGGCGAGGGAUGGGGACGAACGCGUCCCUGUUGUUCCUCUCGCUGAUAAUCGAGCGAGAGCAAGACACCAUCGUCGCCCGCCGCCGGAGGAGGUCAUCGCGCAGGUGGCGGAGGCUAUGUUCCAGCCUGGGGCGGUUCCGGAGUGGUACCAGGUUGCACGUUGAGGUGAUUUUGGAGACUGUCCUACUGGUUAUACGUCUUUUGCUGACGUGGGCUGGUAUACCGUAUCCCAAGUCGGCCUCAUGGAUUCGUCGCUUUGACUUUUUAUCUGUCUUUACUAUCUGCUACGCCUGUGCCUGGCCCAAAUCACUCCUCUCGAACGAUGAAAGUGUAUGCUAUUCAAGAGCAAGCCUGCGAAGUAUUUACGGAAGAUGCGCUACAAGACUCCAAUAUGCCCGAUAUCAUAUACAGUGUGCGAGGCUG